ACCUUUUGCCCUUCCCACCGCCACCACCCAGGGGGAGGGAAAGGAAACGCCGGCGAUGGCGGCGACGGUGCGCUUCGGGCUCCUGGUGGCGAUGUUCCAGGCCAUGUCGCGGGACCGCACGUCGGCGAAGAAGCGGGGCCGCCUCCGCGCGUUCCUCGACCGCGCCUACGGGGCCCCGGGCCGGGACGACUACUUCAGCGCGCUCCGCCUCGUCCUCCCGUCGCUCGACCGCGAGCGCGGCUCCUACGGGCUCAAGGAGGCGGCCCUGGCCGCGGCACUCGUCGACGCGCUCGGCAUCGCCAAGGACUCCCCCGACGCCGUCCGCCUCACCAACUGGCGCCGCGGCGGCGGCGGCAGCGGCCGCAACGCCGGCAACUUCUCCCUCGUCGCCGCCGAGGUACUGCAGCGGAGGCAAGGAAUGACUUCUGGCGGCUUGACGAUAAAGGAGGUUAACGAUGCACUCGAUCAUCUAUCUGCAACUGAGAACAGGUCUGAGAAGGCUUUGGUUCUUUCAAGUCUGAUCAAGAAAACCAAUGCCCUUGAAAUGAAGUGGCUUCUAAUGAUUAUUCUUAAGGAUUUAAAACUGGGGAUCAGUGAGAAGAGCAUAUUCCAUGAGUUUCAUCCUGAUGCUGAAGACUUGUUCAAUGUCACUUGUGACUUAAAAUUAGUCUGUGAAAAGCUCAAUGAUCGAAGUCAAAGGCAUAAACGACAGGAUAUAGAAGUUGGAAAGGCUGUCAGACCUCAACUAGCUAUGAGAGUCAGUAACGCUUCAUCCGCUUGGAAGAAGCUUCAUGGCAAACCAGUGGUCGCCGAGUGCAAAUUCGAUGGGGACCGUAUCCAAAUUCACAAGAAUGGGGAAGAGAUCCAUUUCUUCUCACGGACCUUUCUUGAUCACUCCGAAUAUGAACCUGGGAUGUCCAGAUAUAUCAAGGAAAAUAUCCUGGUUGACAGGUGUAUUUUGGAUGGAGAGAUGCUUGUUUGGGACACGGCGCUUAAUCGGUUUGCAGAAUUUGGUUCAAACCAGGAAAUAGCGAAGGCCGCAAGGGAUGGACUGGAAACUGAUCGACAGCUGUGCUAUGUUGCUUUUGACAUUCUUUAUGCUGGAGACACAAGUGUUAUUCACCAAAGUUUGACAGAGCGGCAUGAAAUUCUGCGGAAGGUUGUCAAACCUUUAAAGGGUCAUCUUGAGAUUUUGGUUCCAACAGGUGGUCUGAAUGUCCAUCGUCCUUCAGAUGAACCAUGCUGGUCCAUUUUUGCACACAAUAUUGAAGACGCGGAGAAAUUCUUCAAGGAAACUGUUGAUAACAGAGAAGAGGGAAUUGUACUGAAGGACCUUGAUUCCAAAUGGGAGCCUGGUGAUCGAAGUGGAAAGUGGCUUAAAUUAAAGCCUGAUUAUAUACAUGCUGGCACUGAUCUGGAUGUUAUUAUUGUAGGUGGAUAUUAUGGAUCAGGACGUCGAGGAGGAGAGGUUGCACAGUUUUUAGUUGGUCUGGCAGUGCCUUCAAAUGAUAAUAGUUAUCCCAAAAGAUUUCUUUCUUUUUGUCGAGUCGGUACUGGUCUCUCUGACGAAGAACUUGACGCUCUUGUCACGAAACUGAAGCCACACUUCAGGAAAAAUGAGUACCCCAAGAAACCACCCAGAUUUUAUGAAGUAACGAACAAUUCGAAGGAGCGGCCAGAUGUUUGGAUAGAAAGCCCUGAUAAGUCAGUCAUAAUAUCUGUAACGAGUGAUAUUCGAACAAUCAAAUCUGAGGUAUUUGCCGCCCCGUACUGCUUGAGGUUCCCCCGCAUUCAGCAAGUGAGAUAUGAUAAGCCAUGGCAUGAGUGCCUCGAUGUGCAGUCAUUUGUGGAGAUUGUGCAUUCAAGUAAUGGCACAAUGCAGAAGGCGGAAGAUGAUAAGAGUCUGAAGAAUGAUAAUGUAAAGCACACAAGAACAAACAAAAGGGGUGAGAAGAAGAAUGUAUCGAUCAUCCCUUCACAUCUUAUGAAGACUGACAUAUCAGGCCUAAAGGGAGAGACCCUGAUAUUUGCAAACACAAUGUUCUAUUUCGUCAACACCCCUCCAUCAUAUAACCUCGAAUAUUUCCAUAAAGUAGUUGUGGAGAAUGGGGGUUCUUUCUCAAUGAAUCUCAAUGACUCAGUUACUCACUGCAUUGCAGCCGAGAAAAAGGGUAUCAAAUAUCAGGCAGCCAUACGUCACGGGAGGAUCAUUCACUAUUCCUGGAUCUUGGAAUGUUGCAAGCAAAAAUGUCUUCUUCGUUUGCAACCUAAGUAUAUUCUCUUUCUUGCAGAUUUUGCUAGGCACAAAUUUCUUGAAGAGAUCGACUCGUAUGCUGACUUUUACUACUGGGAUAUCGAUGUUGCUGACCUCAAGCAGAUUUUCAGCAACAUGAACACAAUUACUGUCGAUCAGAGCAUUGUACAACGGUACAAAAAGAAGCAUUGUGCAGAUGAAAGAUUCUGCUUCUUCCAGGGUUGCUGCGUUUACUUACAUCAUGCACCUUUAGUGAAUGAGGACUACAAUGUAAUAUCUGAUCUUGCACUGAAGAGGGUGAAGCAUGACCUUACCAUGCAUGGUGGUCAGGUCUGCAGCAGCCUUGCCCCUGCUACUCAUUUGGUUAUAGUUUCAGUUCUGCAGGCCUACAAUUUUGACAUAUCGUACAAGAGCUUUUCUCCUGCUGAGAGGCGUUAUCUACAUGACAAAAGAUUGCAUGUUGUCAGUAAUAAGUGGUUAGAAGAUUCAGUGGAUAAACAAAUGAAGCUGCCUGAAGCCCUCUACAACCUUAAACCGGAUACAUUAGAAGAAAUACAUAUUGAAAGGAGCGAAGUAGAUGUCCAGCCCUCUAAUGACAAACACGAGGAAGAUGAGGAGGUCGAAAUAUCUCAUGUUACAAAUGCAAGGAAAAGGGGCAGGCCAUCCAGUAGUAGUUCACGAACUGUAAGGGCUGCUCCUAGGCCAGUCCGAAGAACAAGGGCUAGAAGAGGAAACCAGCGUGCAAAAAUAGGUGAUGUUGAGUCUGAAGAAAGUGGCCCUGGUGAAACAGGUCAAGAUGAUCAAAAAUUGAAAGCAGAUUACACCUCUAAGAUGGAAGAAGAUAACAGUGACAAAGAUCAAAGACCACCUCAAGCUGCUCCUAGACCAGCUCGGAGAACAAGUGCUAGAAGAGGAAAUCAGCUUGCAAAAAUAGACUACCUUGAAUCUGAAGAAAACGACCAUGGUGAAACAGGCAAAGCAGAUUACACCACCAAGAUGGAAGAAGAUAACCUGGACAAAGACCAGGGACCACCUCCAGGUGCCCAGUUUAUCACAUUGGAGGAGCAAGAGCCCAACGGUGUCAAAUUGAGUACCGGGGAGGAUACAACAAGCAGUCCUAGGUACAAAAGCAAAGAAACUUCUGGAAGAACAAAUGUUGCUGAAACAACCAGCACAACGGGAGAAAAGAUAGAACAAAUGUUUGAUCCAGUGCACGCGAUGCUUCUCAACAUGAUGCCGUCCCUGCGCCAGGAAAGGAGACAAGACGCAAUCACGGAUCCCCCAGCAACCAAACUUGAGAACAAUCCUCCAGCACGGGCAGGAAGUUCCACAUCGAGUUACAGGGUUCCGGUGCCAGAGACGGUAGGCUCUGCGUCUAAUUCCGGGAUCUCGGCAUCGCAGACAGGGAGUUCAACAUACAGUGCGGGGGUUCCAGCUUCAGAUCCAAACGCUGCUGCUCCUCCAAAGAAGAAAAAAGUGAGCUACAAAGAUAUGGCCAACGAUCUCCUGAAAGAUUGGUGAAGAGAGUGUUUUGCCACUUGGCGGAGGUAACCUCUACGCCGUAGCUACCGAUACGUCUUCUCCCUGUGAUCAUCGCCUUGUAAAAAAUAUGACAGAUGCUUGUAGCAGUUAACCUUGUCCGUGUCAUCGCUUUAGCUGUCUUGUUUCGGCACA